AUGGCACCUAGUAAGCGUUGGAUGGAUCUUGUUGAUGAUCGGCUUAGCGAGGCAUAUGAAAUGGGAGUUCAAAGUUUUUUGAAUUAUGCUUUCAAGAGAACUGGAAAGAAUAAGGAAAUUCGAUGUCCUUGUGUAAAAUGUGGUAAUACAUAUUCUGGAACUCGUGAGCUAGUUGAGUCACACUUGAAGGUUUACGGAAUAGUUCAAAAUUAUACCUUUUGGUAUCAUCAUGGCGAAAGGUCGGGUGAGCCUCAAUCUGAGUCAGAUGGCGAUGAUGGGGAGGAAAUUGAAGAAGAUGAGAGUGACAAUGAGAUGCAUAAAAUUAUAAGAAAUUUAUAUCCUGAAUUUAGUGAUGUGGGUAGAGACUUUGAGAACUCUAACUCCAUGAGAAAUGACGAGAUUGAAGAAGAACCAAAUGAUGAAGCAAAGAAAUUCUAUAGGUUAUUAAAAGACUCCAAUCAACCAUUAUAUGAUGGUUCCAAAAGUUCAAAAUUAUCUUUGCUAGUCAAAUUACUUCACAUUAAGAGCCUUGGUGGGUGGAGUAAUGCAUCAUUUACAAUGUUAUUACAAUUAUUAAAAGAUGAUCUUCUACCAAGUGAAACAAAUUUUCCUAAUUCAUACUACGAGGCAAAGAAGAUUAUUCAAGAUCUUGGUCUCUCUUAUAAGAAAAUUGAUGCAUAUAAAAAUGAUUGUAUGCUAUAUUGGAAGGAGGAUGCAAAUUCUAACUUGUGCAAAGUUUGUUGUGCUUCUAGAUGGAAGCAUGAUAAGCAUAGUGGUGAAACCAAGCAAAAGGUAAGUGGUAAAAGAGUACCUAUGAAGUCAUUAUGCUAUUUUCCACUAAAGCCUAGACUUCAAAGGUUGUUUAUGUCCAAAAAGACAGCCUCCUUAAUGCGAUGGCAUGUUGAUCAAAGGGUUGAUGAUGGAGUGAUGCGACAUCCAGCUGAUUCAAUAUCUUGGAGAUCCUUCAAUGAACUUCAUGAAUCAUUUGCAUUGGAGCCUCGCAAUGUGAGACUUGGUCUUGCUAGUGAUGGUUUCCAACCAUUUGGAGAUUCGAGAAAACCAUAUAGCAUUUGGCCAGUAAUAUUAAUUCCAUACAACUUGCCACCAUGGAUGUGCAUGAAGCAAUCUAAUUUUAUUCUAUCGAUGCUUAUUCCCGGACCCGAGAGUCCUGGAGAUGCAAUUGAUAUAUAUCUCCAACCAUUAAUAAAUGAGUUAAAGGAGUUAUGGGAUGAAGGGGUUGAAACAUUUGAUGUAUCUAUUCGACAAAAUUUUCAAUUGCGUGCAGCUCCACUAUGGACUAUUAAUGAUUUUCCAGCUUAUGGUAACUUAUCCGGAUGGAGUACGAAAGGAAAAAUAGCAUGUCCUUGUUGCAAUAAGAACACAUUUUCUAUUAGGUUAACUAAUGGUGGUAAGCAAUGUUACAUGGGCCACCGACGCUAUUUGCCUAUUAAUCACAAAUGGAGGAAUGAUAAAUUCUCUUUUGAUGGCACUAAAGAAAGGGGUUGUGCACCAAAGCUUCUUACUGGUGAUGAAAUUUUAGGACAGGUGCAAGAUCUUGAGGGGAUUAUCUUAACCAAAUAUGCCAACAAGAGACAAAAAAUAUCACAUAGUGAUCGUGGUGAUAAUUGGAAUAAGAAAAGUAUAUUCUUUGAACUACCAUAUUGGAAGACUCUUUUGUUGCGCCAUAAUUUAGACUUAAUGCACAUUGAGAAGAACAUAACGGAUAGCAUACUUGGUACCAUCAUGAAUAUUAAAGGAAAAAAAAAGGACACUAUUAAAUCUCGUCUUGAUUUGCAAGCAAUGAAUAUAAAGCCUGAAUUACAUCCAAUUAGAAAAGGAGACAAAUUGGCACUUCCACAUGCUUCCUUACAUUAUGUCCAAAGGAAAAGCACACAUUUUGUGUUUUCUUUAAACAAUUGA